AGUCUCAUGUUUACGUGGAAAACAUGGCGGCAGACCACCAACAAGGAGAGACCACAUAGUGAAUGCAACUGGCGGCGAGCUGGGAGCCAGACGAGAGACAUAUUUAACCGUUAGUUUUUAGAUUUUAUCUCGCUGAUAUUUUGCAUGAAGCGGUUUCCCUCUUGUUUCAGCCACAGGGACCGCGGUGAUGGAAGACGAGGAGAGGCAGAAGAAGCUGGAGGCCGGCAAAGCAAAGUUGGCUGAGUAUCGCCAGAGAAAAGCUAACGCGGACUCCCAGAAGAAUCAGAAAAAGAAGAAGAAAAAGAAGGCGGGAGACGACUCUGAGGGGGAUUCGCAGGGAAGAGUGGAGGUCGGGCCGGAUCAGUCUGUGGGAGGAGAGGAGAUCUCAGGCGGAGGACGAAAUAAAGACCCCCCCACCGCAGAGUUUACCUUCGCCAGGACACUGAGGAGUGGAGAGACUGUCAAACAUGACCAGACCUACACCAUAGAGCCGGAGAGUGAAGUGUCCACUACUGCUGAAGAUUAUUCCUCAGAGGUGAAUGGAUGCCAUGAUGAGAUGACAGAGAACCUAAUGAUGCCUUCGAAGGAUUUUAUCUGGGAGGAGGUGGAGCCUCUGCAACAGGUGACAAAGGGAGGUACGAUGGAGGAUGCACUAGCGGCCAAGACUCAGGCAGUGGAGGAGCUGAGUCAAGAGCUUGAAGAAAUCAGGGCUGCCUUUGGUACAGAGGGAGUACAGCAGCUGCAGGACUUUGAGGCUGCGCUGAAGCAGCGAGAUGGCAUCAUCACCCAGCUCACAGCUAACCUUCAGCAGGCUCGUGAAGAGAAGGACGAGACCAUGAAAGAAUUUCUAGAACUGACAGAGCAAAGCCAAAAACUGCAUCUUCAGUUCCAGCAGCUGCAGGCGGGCGAGACGCUGAGGAACACCAGCCACAGCAGCGCAGCAGCCGAUCUACUGCAGGCCAGGCAGCAGCUCAUCCUGUACCAACCGCAGCUGGAGGAGCUCCAGCACAAGCUCAGUGAGAUGGAGACGUCGGGGAGAAGAUCAGAAGAAUCAUUCCAACAAAGGAUAAACGAAAAGGACCUGCGUAUUGGUGAACAAGAGAAAGAGAUUUUGAGUCAGAAGCAGUCGCUGACACAGUUAAGGAUGGCGGAGGAGUCUUUUGCACAAACAUUGAAAGAGAAAAACGAGUUAACUGCAGUAAUAGCAGAACACGAGCUGUCAUUGACCCUGCUCCGAGAGGAACUUGUUCAUGUGGCACGGACUACUGAUGAGAAUAAUAUAGACCCAUCGGAGAAAGACCUGAUUAUAGCGGAGCACGAGAGAGUCCUUUCAGAACGCGACUGCUCUCUUACUCAGCUCGAGGAUGAGCUGGAGUCCACUGAAAAACGCCUGCGUGACCUCCAACAGCGAAUGGCUGCAAGAGAGUCAGAGUUUGAAAGCUGCAUGGAUGAGUUGGAUAACAGUAAGUCUGACUUAGAAAGCUGUAAAAGCGAAAUAGAGAGUUGUAAAUUAGAAUUGGAGAAAGAGCGAGUGGAGUUAGAAAGCUGUAAGGGUGAACUUGCAACCUCCAGACAGAAAGAGCGAAUGUCAUCUAACGAAAUCAUGCAGCUCAUGGGCUCGGUAGAGGACCUGCAGAAGCGUUGUCACCAGGGCAGCCUGUCUGAUGGUGACACCAUCCAACAAAUGCAGGAAGAGACUGUGAGGAAGCUCGAACUCCUCAGGGCAGAGCUGGAUGAGAUGUACGGACAGCAAAUAGUCCAGAUGAAGCAGGAGGUUAAUUUGCAGCAUGCAGCGAAAGUGGAGCAAAUGUCCUCGCAACAUCUCGCCGAGCUCGAGCUUCUGAAAGCAAAACAACUGUCUCAAAGCUCCACUGCUAGUGUUGAGGUGGACACACUCAAUGCUAAGAUUAGGGAGCUUCAAGAGACUUUAGAGCAAUCCCAAGCAAUGAACGAUAAAGCCAGACAUGAGCUUAGCCAAGUCGCCCAAGAGAAGUUCAACCUGCAGGUCAAGGUUGAGGAUCUCCUCCUAAAGCUCCGUUCUACAAAAGAAAAAGUGGAUCAGGUUUCCCACAGUCUUAUCUCUCAGGAAAGCCAACAAAGUGAACUGCAGCGCCUCCAGGAGACAAUUGACAAUCUUAAGAGCGAGCUGGCCGCUGCUCAGGAAGCGGCACAGGAAGCAGAAAUAAAACAUGAAUCAGAAACAACCAAUUACAAGAUCAAGUUGGAGAUGCUGGAGAGGGAGAAAGAUGCUGUGCUUGACCGCAUGGCGGAGUCACAGGAAUCAGAGCUGGAUCGACUGAGGACUCAGCUUCUGUUUAGCCAUGAGGAAGAGCUCACCCAGCUUAGGGAAGACUUGCAAAGGGAGGGCUUCCUGAACACGGAAAACCUUCUCAAUGAAGCCGCUGUCAAACACAAGAAAGUGUUGGAUGAGCUGCGCAUUGGUUAUGAAGAAGAACUGCAUUUGUUACGAAGAGAGAAGUCAAGUUUCGCCACAGAGCGAGAUGAGCUUUUUCACCAAAUUCUUGGACUAAAGGAAGAUCUGAAGAUGGCUUUAUACAGCUCCAAAGCAGACGAGCUGGUCCAGCAGCUUCAAGAGCUUCAGGUAGAGCUUGAGGAACUGAGAAAGGGAGGAGGAGAACGAGCUCGAAUGGGAAAUGAAAUUCAGUCGUUACUAAAGAAAACAGAGGUGCUUGAAAACCAGGCUAAAGAAAAAGAACGAUGUUGGAAGAACAAAUGGGAAGAUAAGGAAUUGGAAAAAGACACAUUGAUAGUAACUAAUAACACUUUAAAAGAAGAGUUGGACUCAAAACAUCUGAACAUUGAGACACUCACAGCAGAGAAUAAUCAAAUACAGCAACAAGUUGUUGAGCUUAGUGAGGAAAUUGAAAAGCAGAGGACGACUUUCUCUUUUGCUGAGAAGAAUUUUGAGGUAAACUAUCAGGAGCUGAAGGAAGAGUACAAGUGUCUUAUUGAGGCGAAGACGCAUUUAGAGGAGAGGACACUGAAGGAGACACUUGAGUUUGAGGCAAAAAUUUCCAGCCUUCAGUCACAGAUUGGGGAGCUGAAGGAGAGCAGCAGAGAUAUCAAAAUGGACGACAUGAAUACAGAUAGAAGGGAACAAGCGGUGAUAGAAAAAGACACUACUGAGAUAAUGGAGAAGCUUAACGUUACUUUGAGGGAGAAGGAGAGCCUGGCUGGGAGGCUCUCGGAAGUUACAGAGCAACUGACGUUUACAGAGAGAAAAAUGGGACAUCUGGAAGAAGAGCUGCUGAAAGUGAGGCAAGAAAAUGUGAAGGUCAUCGCACAAAGUGAAAGCCCAGGGAAAGAAGUGGAAAAGAAGCAAGAGAUUAUGAAAAAGCAAACGAGGAGGCAGGAUACCCAGAGAAAAGCUAAGCUCCAGCAUGAAGAGCAAGCUGUUGAGGCGGUUUGUUCUUUUGAGGAUCAUCACCUUCAGGUUCAAUCUUUGCGAGAAGAGAUAAAGGCUCUUCUCUUCUUACAGGCAGCUGAAUCCGAGAGAGACGCCAUCCGGCAGACCUUGGAGCUCCAGAGGCUUUCACAGACUCCAUCUCCUGCAGCGGUCCAGUCCUCGGGGGAGGGACCUGUUGAAGGACGAUCCUCCCCGCACAAGCCCACAGCCUCAGGGUCAAACAGGCGCAAGAGACGGCAGAGGUCGAAGCAGGAGCGCAAACUGGGCACCGCUAUUUCAGACGGCAGAGAAGAAAAACAAAGGGAGGGGGAAGAGGAGGCAGUGAUGGAGGAAGAGAGAGCAACAAGUGCUGCAGAGCAGGAGAUGCAGCCUCAGACGGAGAGCCAGGUUAUGUCAUGUUCACAAGAGCGGGCCGGUAAGGAGGACUCCACUGACGGACAUCAGGGAGACGGAGGCUACAUCAACAAACGGGUGAGCAGACAUGGGACGGGCCACCACGUGGAGCCAGCGGUGUGUCAGGGAGCUGAGGGAGAGACUACUGAGCAUGGUGAGUGCAGGCUGCAGAUGGAGGCCCAGCGCAUCAGCCUGUCUCAGAUCCACGCCGCCCAGCUCGAGCUGCAGCAGGAGGAUUCGGACGACCGCACACACACUCUGGAGCUGAAACUGCAGGACCUGAAAGAUGACGGUGACCAGAAUGAACCAAAGAUCUUUAAAUACCACAACCUGUUACAAGCUGUGUCGGAAGAAUGCAGUGAGAUCAUUGAGUGUUUUGGAAAGAUGUUUGGUGAAGAGUUUUUGGAGAGCGUUGCUGCAGAGGGCCGGUCGCCCCCUUCAGUGGAAAGACUAGACAAUAUUGAAUCCACCUCCAUUGGUCAGGAGGCCAGAGAGCUCUACAGAAAUCUUCAGCAGGUGAGGGAGAGGAUUGAGCAGGAACAUCAUCGACUGUCACAGCUCCAGGCUCUGCUGAGAGCGGAUGGGAACAAGAUGACGGAGCUGCAGGGGGCAUACGACCAACUGAAGAGCAGCAGUGAGAUUGAGAUCUCUGACCUGCGCGUGCAAGUUUCCAGCUCGAGCCCCUUUACAAGCAAAGACCUGGAUGAGCAGGCUGGUACACCAUGUACCUCUCUUACAAAGGAAUUACAGAGGCUGAAGGCAGAAGAGCAGGCGAAGCAGCUCCAGCUGGAGGAGAGUCACAAACAAGAGAUGGAGCAUCUCCGAGCUCACUACCAGCAGCAGGCCACAGAGAGCGAGGAGCGAUACGCCACCGAGCUCUUCAUGCUGCAGCAGCGCCUGCAGGAUGUGUCAGGCUCUCAGACCCACUACAGUGCUCCAGACUCCAGCUGUGAGAGGAUGGAGGAGCACGGAGAUGAACUAAAGGACCUGGGUGAGGAGGAGCUGUCGGAGGGACGCGGGGAGUUGCGCUGGCCUGUCGGGUCUGCAGGCCUGACAGCACAGCUGCAGGCUCUGAGGAAAGCUCUCUACCACAAGUAUGUCCAAGAAGUAGCCGCUCUCAAAGAGCAGCACAACAGAGAGCUGAAGAAACUGACAGAAGAAAAGGAACAAGAGAGGAAAACAGAGGCUAGACAAGAGAAAGAGCAAAAUCUAAACGGUAUUAACGGCGCUGGGAGCUCCAGUGAGAGCCUCGGGGCGGCUGGGCUGGAAGACAAACAACACUGGGAGAGAGUGGAGGAGGAAGUUGCCAAGGCCAUAGUUCAGAUGUCCGUGGAGUUUGCACAGAAGAUUGAGCUCGCUCGAAUCAACAAGAGUGCCUGCCAGAGGAGUGCCUCCAUGCAGACCCGGGCAGAUGAAGACGAGGUGGAGGAGAGGGAGAAUGAGGAGCGGACGACUCCCGGAGCUCCUCUCCCCUCGGGCGCCUGGCUGGAGGAAGUGGAGAAGGAGAGACUGGAGAGAGAGCUGGAGGAGAGGAACGCAGAGAUCAGAAAGUUAAAAGAGGAGCUGCAGAAAACGGGUCCAGAGCAGGCCCUAAAGAAGAGAGAGGACGGUCAAGAAGAAAUUGAGGAAGAUCCAGGCGGGCCGAAAAUAAAGCCGGCUGCAGGAGGCAAAGUGUCAUCACAGCAUGAUGGAGAGCCCUCCGAUAAGGACGCUGAAAGGAACAUCUUGCGUAAGGCUAACGAGAAACUCUGUCAGGUGCUGGUUGACGUCCUGAAGACUACUGCAGCAGCGGAGGAAACUAUGGGCCUCCACAUGCAGAGUCUGCGUGACGCUUCCAGCAGAGGGCAGCAGGCUGCACCGCCCCACGCCACCACACAGGGAGCAACCGGUCAGAGAGUUAACACCGAGCCCGUCCGAACUUAUGCUGCAGGUCAGACUGCAGAAAGUUGUCAGACCAGCGAGACCGCGUCCGACGAUGCGAGUGUGUGGUCCGGGCAGACGGAGGGUGACGAGGGUCUGGAGGUGUCUCAGCAGAUGAUGGAAAGCCUGCUGCUGGGGGCGGGGACACAGCUGGAGAACGAGGAGUAUCUAAUGGGCAUCAGCAGCCGACUCCAAACGGCUCUGGAGAAGAUGUUGAUGGCCAUCACCGACACCACCAACCAGUUUGAACAUGCCCGGAUCACCCAGACUGAGCUGAUGCGGGAGUCCUUCCGCCACAACAAGGAGAUGAACGAGCUGCUGCAGAAGCAGGAGGAGCUGCAGGAGAGGUUGUCCGAGGAGGCCCGGGCACGUGAGCAGCUGGCUCUGGAGCUUCACCGCGCUGAGGGUCUGAUUGAUGGCUACACGGGUGAACGAGCUGCGUCCGAGGAGCAGUUGCGUCAGAAGGAAGAGCUCCAGCUGAGCCUCGAGCAAGAGCUGCAGGUGACAGGCAGCCGGCUGCAGGAGCUGGAGCAGGAGAGGCUUCAGAUGCAGGAGGAGCGGGAGCUGCUGUCACGUCAACAAGACGCCAUGAGGGAGCACGCCGGGCCCCGCGAGCUGCGCCUAGUUGAAGCUGCAAUGGUUGCAGCACCUGAAGCAGACCUUCUGGAGGAGACGGAGAAGCUGAUGAAAGAGAAAGUGGAGGUCCAGCGUCAGGCGGAGAAGGAGAACACCGACCUCCUGAAGCAGGUGAAGCUGCUGGAGGCGGAGCUGGAGGAGCAGGUCAACAGGGUGAUCGAGCUGGACCACGCUCAGAGCACAGAGAGCGGAGACCUCCGGCAACAGGUCCAAGCUCUGGAGAAACAGCUGGACAAGAACAGGAGGUUCCUCGAUGAACAAGCCGUUGACCGCGAACACGAGAGAGAUUUCUUCCAGCAGGAGAUCCAGAAACUGGAACAACAGCUGAAGAAUCCGCAGAAGCUUCAGGCCGGCUCUGAGCAAAGAAGCCGAGAGGUGGAACAGCUGACCUCCCAGCUGAAGGAGAAGGCGGAUUGGUGCAGUGAGCUGCUGCUCAGCUCAGAACAGCUGAAUCGUGAGUUGGGAGAGCGCAACGAAGAGAUUGACAAGCUGGAGAGCCGCAUCCGCGAGCUGGAGCAGGCCCUGCUGGCCAGCGCUGAGUCCCUGGAGAAGGUUGAACAAAAGAAGCAGCAUGCAUCGAUCACAGAGGAAAAACAGUCCACACUGGAGGCUCAGUUACAGACGGAGAGAGAAGCUCUGGAGCGCAAAGAGAAAGAGAUCUGUAACCUGGAAGAGCAGCUGGAGCAGUUCAGAGAGGAGCUGGAGAACAAGAGCGAGGAGGUGCAGCAGCUUCACAUGCAGCUGGAGAUCCAGAGGAAGGAGAUCAGCAGCCAGCAGCAAUACUUAGAAACGAGGGACAGCAUGCUCCAGGUGAUGGAGGAGAAGGACAGGGAAAUAGCACUUCUUAAUGAACAGAUCACUAAGCUCCAACACAUGGAAACAGCCUCUAAUAACCAGGAAAUUGAUGAGAGGGAUGAUCUGAUUAAAGACCAGGAGUCCCAGGUGGAGUGCCUGCGGAGCGAACAAGAACGCUUGAAGAAGAAUAAUGAGGAGGAGCUGGACCAACUGAAUGCAGUCAUAGACAGACUUCAGCAGGAGCUGGCAAAUAUUGAGCAGAAGCAGGCUGCAGAGGAAGACGAGGACAGCCAGGUUGAGCCGGACAGCGCCAUGCAGGGGCCAAGUAAAGAGGAAUAUGAUGAAAUUAAGCAGAAAAUGGACCUGGCCACCAAAGAGGUCAAUACACUCAAAACGGAGCACAAUAAGCUGUUCACGACAUACCUGCGCUUGAAAGAGAGCACAGAAGCUUUAGCUGAAACAGAAAAACUGGAGAGCUCAGAGAGUGAACUUGAAGAAGCUCUCAGAGAGAAAACUGCAGGCUUCCUGGUCAUGCAGGCCCAAGUGCAAGCUUUAGAGCAGAGUGCAACAUCCAGAUUGGAGGAGUUGGACCUCCGCAUCCAGGAGCUCGAGGUCCUGGUCAGUGAAAAGGACGGUGAGUUAAGCCGCGGCCGCCUCCUUGUGGAGCAAACACAAAGCUAUGCGGAUGGUCUCCAACAGAGGGUCUCUAAUCUGGAGGAAAAUCUGAGGGAGAAACUGGCUCCAGCACUCGUCAACCAGGCCACACUGCAACAGCAGUCGCAAGGAUCCAAAGAAAACCAGGACGAGCUGAGACAUGCUGAGUCACAUGUGGAGCCACACGUCUAUGACUUUGGUGACUUUGGUAUUCCCAAAAUGGAUUUCAGUGGAAUUAGUCAAGCGAGAGUAGUUCCCACAGGGAAGGUGGUCCACCUGACCCAGAGGCUUCGAGAGCUGGAGGUGGGACUCAGCGGGAUGCAGAAAGACCAGGAGCUCCAGAAGCAGCUGCUCUCCAGUUCUGAGGAGGAAGUGCUGGAGUACGAGAAGAGGCUGGUCGUGCUCAUGGAUCUGCUCAGUCAGAUGAAGACCAAGACACACCAGAAGACAUCACCGGCUGUGGCAGCGUCCUCUGCUGUUGAGCAGCCGGCUGCUGUGUCGGAGCGUCUGCAAGAGUUGCAGGAGGUCAGAGACGAGGUCUCGGCCACCAAAGAGCAGCUCGGCAGCUACAAGGCGAGCUGCAGCAAACUCCAGGAGGAGCUCCAAGGCAAAAUGAUCACAAUAGAGAGACUGCAGGACCAACUUCAAAAGGUAUCAUCUGGAGGCCGUGAGGAGACCAAGUUGCCUGAGCUUCAACAGGAGUUGAAGGAGGCUAAAAGUGAGGCAGCUGACACCAAAGAGGAGCUGAACUGCUGCAGGGAGAGCUUAGAGAAGCUACAGGAGCUGCUGCAGGAGCGGGAAAUGACCAUCGCUCACCUUAAAGGAGAACUUUUUGAAGUACAGGCGGAUGAAGAGCGAGCCAACAUGACGGAGCUUCUGCAGGAGGUCAGAAACAAUGCGGCUUCCACCAAAGAAGAACUCAACAGCUACAGGCAGCAUAAUGAGAAACUUCAGGAGGAACUCCAAGUUCGUGAAGUUUCCAUUUCUACUCUCAAAGAGGAGCUCCAGGGGCUUAGAAAGAAUGUUGAUACCACCAAAGAAGAACUCAACAGCUACAGGCAGCAUAAUGAGAAACUACAGAACGAACUCCACGUUCGUGAAGUUUCCAUAUCUAAGCUUAGAGAGGAGCUCCAGGUGGUACGAGCAGCCUUGAUGAAGACAGCGGAUUCUGCUCCUCCAUCUUCUUCUCCUUCGCCUUCUCCCUCUCCGUCUCCUCAACCUGUCUCCGCUGCUUCUUCCUCCUCCACCACCCAGCCUAAAAGGAAAGGAGGCAAACAGCCGGCUGGUAAGGGAAGCAAUGCCAAAGAGAAACCAUCUCUCUCCAGGAAAAACUCUGCCCCUUCCAGCCAGCAGUCCUCCAACAAAUUGCACAGCGCUCGGCUAAACAGCAGCUCAGAGCAGCAACGUGUGGCGAUUACGCACUCGUUCACACAGACCGAACCUCUGCAAAUGUCCGACCUCGGCAUGGAAGGCGAGUCUGCAACCAAAGAGGAGAUGGAGGAGGUGAUCGGAGAGUUCCAGGAGAAGAUUGUACAGAUGCAGGAGCUCCACGCGGCAGAGAUCCUGGACAUGGAGGCUCGGCAUAUUUCAGAGAGCGAGAGCCUUCGUAGGGACACGCAGGCUCUGGAGGACGAGUGCAAAGCCCUCAAGACGGUCAUCGACAAGCUGCGCUCCACAGAGGCCCCUUCGUCAAGACAAGACCGUCCAACAUCGCUGUUCAAAGAUGGCUACACAAGUGACAGCAGCUCAGACUACAGCCAGCGGACUGGAUUUGACUUCCCGAGCUUACAGCAGGAGUUUAGGACGACUCCAGAGGGCGCCAGGAGAGAGACUGAUGAUCCAAUGCCUGACCGGAUCAAGACGUUGCUCCGGGAGGUGCACCAGGAGGGCAUGCAGGUGCUCUCUCUGUCAGAGCUCCCUCUCACUGAAGGCGAGCCGGGCAGCCAGUUCAACGUCCCAGGCUGGGUGAAGGAAAGAGACGCCUUGCUGGCGACUGUGGAGUCUCUCAAAGGCCUCAUCACCCAGAUGCAGACGCACAGAGAAACACAGACGUCAGGCGGUGCGGACUGGCGUGCAGAGCUGCUGGAUGCAGUGCGGCAGGUGUUUAUGAGGGAGCGCAGCAUGCUGAAGAGCGCCCUCUACAGCCAGUUGGACCUGCUGGACACCAGCGACGCCAUCAUCCACCUCAAUCAGCUGGAGCGCAGAUUGGCUGAACAGGACGCCCAUCACAGAGAGGCGCUGGGUUCUCUCCACACUGCGGACAGGUCCAGUCUCAUCUCUGAGAUUCAUCAGCUCCGUGGUCAGCUAGAGCAACUUCAUCAAGGUGCCCAGCCUGCCGUCUCUUUGGGUGGUGACCGUAGCGUGACGCAGCAGAGGGAGGGAGGAGGAGGAGGAGGCGGCGACGGAGCAGUGGAGGCCGACGGGCUGCUGGUGGAGGAGCUGAAGGGUGAACUGUCCCAGACUAAACUGGAGAUGGAGACGACGCUCAAGGCUCAGCACAAACACCUCAAAGAGCUUGACACACUCAGGGCCGAGGUGUCGCAGAAGGCUUUAGAGGUUGAAGCACUGAACGACCAGCUGACAGAGGAGAGGAAGAGAAGCAGAGAUGUCCAGUGGGCCACGGAGAAGGAGAGGUGUCGGACUGGGAGGAACGAGGACAGUAAACGAGAGGAACUGGAGGACCUGCAGCUUACUCUGGGGGAGCAGAAGAGCCGCGUGGCUCAGCUGACUCUGACCAUGGAACAGGAGCGGCAGGCCUUCUCUCAGCUCUCUCAGCAGGCUGAACAGGAGCGUCUCAGCCUCCAAAGACGCAUCCAGGAGCUCCAGGUCCAGCUGGAGACGGAGCGAGCCAAGGCCCUGGAGAUGAGCAUGGCACUCGGGAGGGAGCGGGAGCUGCGGUCGGUUUUGUCCUCAGCUGGCGGUCCCUCCAGUGAGCAGCGGGACGAGCAGAAUAAGAGGGGUCUCAACGAGGAAGGGAGUCUGCUGGAAAGACUGCAGAGGGAGCUGGAUGACAAACAUGCAAAGGUGGUGCAUCUCCUCAGUCAGGUGGAGGCCCAGAAGCUCGAGGUGGUACGUAAAGAGGAGGAGCUGACUUUAGGGAGUCAGAGGUCAAGAAGAGACCAGGAGGCGCUGCUGAAGGCUCAGGCCCAGCUGGAGAGGCUAGAAGUACAAAUGUCUGAAGCCCAGGAGCAGCUGGAGAGAGAGAUGGAGAGGAGGAAGAGUCUAGAAGAAGAGAAGGAAAAACUGGAGGAGAGGUUGAACCAGUUAGGAGAGCAGAGAGGACGGAGUGAGAGGAGCGGACCUGUGCAGGCUGAUGGCCACAGCGAGUCCACCGACCGCACCAAAGACUGGGUGUUCCAGCAGAAGAGUGGAAAUGUUCCGUCAGCGAGCUCCACCACUUCUCCUCACCUGGAGGCUCCUCCAUCAGGUCACUCCAGCGGACCACACCACGGUCCUUGGCGCACAGUUGACAAGAUCCUCAGCAAACUCCACCUCGUUUCAUCCAAGAUCCGCGGCAUGUCGAACAAGACUACUGGCAGACUGACUGCAGAGGUCGACAGUGAAGAGUUAUCCUGGGUGCAGUCCAAUGUUGACGAGGUCAUCACUAUGCUGCAGCAAUCCCAAGGUCUGCCCUCCAUCCCAGAGAGUGCGUCCCUGCUGGCAGGAGGCUCUUCCAGCUCCUCCAACACCCUGACAGAGCGGCUGCUGAGGCAGAACGCCGAGCUGACAGGUUUCGUCAGCCGUCUGACCGAAGAGAAGAACGAUCUGAGGAACCACACGCUCCGCUUGGAAGAAGAGCUCCGACGCUACCGGCAGGCUGGACUGGGACCAGACGACAGUUUCAGCAGCAGGAGAGGAGUUUCGAAGUCUGAUUCGGCAGGUAUGAUGCUUUCCCAGGAGCGGGAGUCUUGGACUAGAGAGAAGGUCCGCCUGGAGAAAGCUUUACUUCUGGCUCAGGCCCAGGUGGCCCGACUCCGGGGGGAGAUCAGGAGCAACACCCUGCGAGAGAUAACUGGACCUGAGGCUGAAAAUGCUGCACUAAAGAGGAUGUACGGGAAGUACUUGAGGUCAGAAAGCUUCCGCAAAGCGCUGAUCUACCAGAAGAAGUAUCUGCUGUUACUGCUGGGGGGCUUCCAGGAGUGUGAGGAAGCCACGCUGUUGCUCCUCUCCAGGAUGGGCGGCCGGCCGGCACUCCCCAGCCUGGAGUCCCUCAGCCAGCGCCGCCGGGGGCUGAUGCGCUUCCGCUCUGCCGUCCGAGUCUCUAUCGCCCUGUCCAGGAUGCGUUUCCUCGUGAAGCGAUGGCACAAGGCGACGGGGGUCAACUCUAUAACGUUCUGCAGCGUCAACAAGAGCGGAUCAGGACAGAUAUUAGGUACAGAGGUGAGAGACUCGCCGUAUCUUCACCCGGGCAGCGUGGAGAUGUACAGAGAAAGAGGAAGUGGAGGAGGAGUCUCCAGCGGCAGGGGGCGGAGUGGACGUGAAUCGCCCAGAUCGGCUGUCUCCUCCACACAGCACAGGUUUCCCAUGGCGGGAGACCCUGGAGCACUUUCCUGUUCACACCUGCAGAGCUACGACCCCGACCGAGCGCUUACUGACUACAUCUCCAGACUGGAGGCGCUGCAGAGGAGGCUGGGGAGUGUGACAUCAGGUGCUUCUUCAUAUGCUCAAUUGCACUUUGGCUUGAGAAGAUAAACACUGUCAAGUUACUUUGGCUUGAAGAAACUCAGUUGCCUUUUCUCGUGCUGAGCGCUCUGCUGUUUUUCUAUCAUUCUGGUGUGAACUGUAUCUUUCCAUGUGGACCAAAACACUUUUUUUUAUUAGUGUACGACAUGUUGUAUUCAGGCUUUUUGUCGCCAGCACUUGAAAAACAGCUAUGUUUGUAAUUGAAUCUGCCUCUUUGUUGUGGAUGACCUUAAAUCAUGUAUAUUUGUCUAAUGCUAAUUUAAGACCUUGUGAUUAAUUUAUAUGUUUGUGUUGUAUGGGUGGAGCGUUACGUAAAGAAUGUUUGGGUUUAUCAUUAAGGAGGCUGCUACUGGAUAUUCUAUACUACACUGUUUUGUUUAGGCCAGACGGACUACAGAGGACAUUUGUAGAGAACGUAUUUUUGUAAAGCGUAGGAGCUUUGAAUUUUCUGGGUAUUUUGUCAAAAACUGAAAUAAAGAUGACUACAUUAUUUGAAAGA